AUGAUUUUGUACUCGGGAUUUUGGCUUUCGCUAGCUAUUAUCUGUCACAUUGUUGGCAGCACCGAGAUUCACCAAUCUGGGUUUUGCUCGAUUCGCGGAAAUUGCGGAAAACGCUCUUUCUUUGGAUCUGAAUUGCCAUGUCCAUAUAAUGGGCCUGCAAUUGAGGCCUCUCCUGCCGAUCACGAUUUGCUGGUUGAAAUAUGUGGCGAUUCAUGGAGAGAUGUAGAUGAAACCUGCUGCGAUACAGCUCAGUUGAAGAACUUACAGGCAAACCUGCUCAAAGCGGAUCCACUAAUAUCAUCUUGUCCAGCAUGCCGAGAGAACUUCUAUCAGCUGUUUUGCCGAUUCACAUGUUCGCCGGAUCAGUCGCUAUUUGUGAAUGUGACGGGAACAGAAAAGUCUAUGUCUUCUGGUAAGGACAUCGUUACGGUUCUCGAUCAGUAUGUUGCCGAUGAAUAUGCUACUGGCUUCUUUGAUUCAUGCAAGAAUAUCAAAUUUUCCGCGACCAAUGGCUAUGCUAUGGACCUGAUUGGUGGUGGGGCCAAGAGUUACCAGGCUUUUCUCAAAUUCUUGGGUGAUGAGAAGCCACUUUUGGGAGGUUCGCCUUUCCAAAUCAACUUCAAGUAUCCCUCUCAGUUUGAGUCGUUCCCAGAAGGCUAUUCAUCGUCUAAUGGUACAGUUAGAGGCUGCAGCGAUCCAGAUUACAAAUGCGCGUGUACGGAUUGUCCUUCCUCGUGUCCUGUACUGCCUGAGAUCCGUGUUCCGUCUCAAUGCAAAGUGGGAGUGUUGCCGUGUCUGUCGUUUUCUGUGAUAAUCGUUUAUUCUGUGCUGCUUCUGCUGGUGAUCCUGGUACAUGUGAGAGUGGUUAUUGCGAAGGUAGAAGCGCGCAAUAACGAACUGCUUCACGACGACAACACGGAUGCCUUUUCAGAAGACGUCUUGCAGGGAGAUGAUGAUAGUUUGAAAGAUGACGAUAUCCAGUUGGCUGAGUCAUACUCUUUCAACAACUGGCUAGAAGGCCAUUUCAGCAAGUUGGGACUAUAUUGCUCUCUGUUCCCUAAGAUUGUGAUCGGUAGCUCUCUGGCAAUAACUUUGGUCCUUUCUGGGUUCAUAUUUUUCACCCAGCUAGAACGGAACCCUGUGAAUCUUUGGGUGAGUCCAGCUGCUGAAUCUUACAAACAAAAAUUGGUAUUUGACGAAAAAUUCGGUCCGAUGUACCGUAUCGAGCAGAUAUUUUUGUCUAGCUCCUCUUCCCCCGUGAUCGAAUAUGAAACUUUAAAGUGGUGGUUUGAAGUUGAGCAAAACAUCACUUCUUCUGUGGUAUCCAGUGCGGAUGGACCUAUCACCUUGGAUGAUCUCUGUUUCAAGCCAACUGGAGACUACUGCGUGAUUGAAUCAUUUACACAGUAUUUCUCGGGAGACAUAGAUGCAUUUGAUAGGGCUUCGUGGAAAUCAGAUCUCAAAGGAUGUGUGGAUACUCCAGUGAAUUGUCUACCUCCUUUUCAGCAGCCUUUGAAGAAGGAGCUGCUAUUUGGUGGUUCGCCAACUUCUAAUGUUCUGGACUCGGGUGCAAUUGUAGUGACGAUUUUGCUGAACAACUACAACAAUGAUUCUUCUACAGAUCUCAAUCGUGCUCAGAUUUGGGAACACCACCUGGAAGAAUAUCUGCUUCAUAUCAGGGAUAUUGCACAUGACAAAGGGUUAGAUCUCAGUUUCAGCACCGAGAUCUCUCUCGAGAAAGAACUCAACAAAUCCACAAACACAGAUAUUAAAAUCAUUGCGACAUCCUAUCUGGUGAUGUUUGCCUACGCUUCACUUGCCUUGGGAGGUAACCCGUUCUCUUUUGGAUCAGGAAUGUCAAAUCUUGUGCACUCAAGGUUUCUGCUGGGUCUCAUGGGAAUCGUUAUAGUGCUUCUCUCUGUGAGCUCUUCUGCUGGGUUUUGGGCGAUAUUUGGAUUGAAGUCAACGCUGAUUAUUGCAGAGGUGAUUCCAUUUCUCGUUCUUGCAGUGGGUGUGGACAAUAUCUUCCUAAUCUCCCAUGAAAUGGAGGGGUUCAAUUCUGCUUUUCCGGAUGAGUCCAUUCCAGAGAGAGUAGCUAAAACCAUGGGCAAAAUAGGUCCUAGCAUUCUUCUCUCCGCGUCAUCACAGUUCCUGUGUUUUCUGCUUGCGUCAGUGGUUAGCAUGCCAGCAGUCAGAAACUUUGCACUUUAUUCGGCUGUGGCAGUUCUGUUCAACGCUUUGCUUCAAAUGACGUGCUUUGUCUCGAUCCUUGCCUUGGACCAGCAGAGGGUAGAGGAGAAUCGGCUGGAUGUCUUGCCGUUCAUCAAAGUAUCUAGGCUUAGUAUUAUCUCACUUCCUGCUGAUGAGGAGGAUGGGUCUCUUUCACAGAUGAUAGGCGAAUCUACGGGGAACUUUUUUUCGAAGUUCAUGAGGAAUUACUAUGUGCCCUUUCUCCUAAGAGACAAGUUGCGCAACAUGGUGUUGGUGAUUUUCCUAGCUUGGUUUGGUUUCUCUUUGGCCUGGAUUCCAAAGAUCGAGUUUGGUCUGGAUCAAAGAAUUGCCAUACCAACAGGCUCAUACAUGAUUGAUUACUUCAACGACGUGUAUAGUUACCUUGACGUGGGACCGCCCGUUUACUUUGUGGUUCAGAAUCUGGAUGUCACUCAAAGAGCUAACCAGCAGAAGAUUUGUGGCCGCUUUUCUACUUGCGAUGAGUUCUCAUUGGUAAAUGUCCUGGAACAGGAACGCAAGAGACCGGAAGUUUCCUCGAUUAUUGAACCUGCAGCAAGUUGGAUUGACGAUUUCUUUCUUUGGCUCAACCCGCAGUUAUCUGAUUGCUGUCGUUUCAAGAAAAAUACCAAUGGAACAGAGACAUGUCCAUCGUGGGCGCCCGAUCGACAAUGUGAAGUUUGCUAUGCGGACAGACAAUGGGACAUCGCUAUGAAUGGUUUCCCUGAGGGUGAAGAAUUCAUGAAGUUUUUUGAAAUCUGGAUUGACUCUCCCAGUGACCCAUGUCCACUUGCUGGAAAAGCACCAUACUCGUCUUCUGUCAAGAGGACUGCUAAUGGGACUGGUAUAGACAGCUAUGUUUUCAGAACAUCUCACGAACCUCUUAAGUCCCAAAAUGACUUUAUCAACGCUUACAAGGCAUCUUUGAGACUUACUGAAGAGAUUAAUGAAUCGCUGGGAGAAGGUGAGGUUUUUGCAUACUCUCCUUUCUACAUCUUCUUUGUCCAGUAUGUCUCAAUAGUGAGGCUUACUUGCACGCUCAUGCUCGUCGCACUUGGUCUUAUUCUAGGAGUAGCCACACUGUUUUUGGGUACCUUCAAAGCAGCUUUGUUGAUGUUGCUGACAGUUGUCUUCAUCCUAACUGACAUCGCAGGUGUGAUGGCAAUGUGGGGAAUUUCUCUCAAUGCUGUAAGUCUGGUGAAUCUGGUGAUUUGCAUCGGAUUAAGCGUGGAAUUCUGCACUCACAUUACCAGAUCGUUUACGAUUUCAGACCACACCACAUUAGCAAGACUGAGGCCGAGAUUUAUUGAUCCAGACAACAGAGUUGGAAGGGCCGCUCAGUCUCUUGAAACUAUUGGAGGUUCUGUUCUCGGUGGGAUCACCUUGACAAAACUUAUUGGAGUUUGUGUCUUGGCGUUCACUAGAUCCAAGAUAUUCGAGAUCUAUUACUUUAGAAUGUGGCUUUCUCUGGUUCUGAUUGCAUCGCUGCAUAGUCUAGUGUUAUUGCCCGUUCUAUUGUCUAAAUGGGGAGGUAAAGGUUAUGCUUUUUCCCCAUUUGCUUCCAAUGUUAGUCAAGAGCUGGUGUCCCGCUUGCGCAGUGCUCACAGGAGAGAUAUCAUAGAAGAUGAGUAA